AUGGAGUCCAUUCCUUAUGCGUCAGUGGUUGGGAGUUUGAUGUAUGCUCAAAGUUGUACUCGGCCAGAUAUCAGUUUUGCUGUUGGAAUGUUAGGCCGAUAUCAAAGUAAUCCCGGAAUGGAUCACUGGAAAGCUGCAAAGAAAGUUCUUAGGUACUUACAAGGCACCAAAGAAUACAUGCUCACUUAUAGAAAGUCAAAUCAUCUCGAAGUGAUUGGCUAUUCGGAUUCAGACUAUGCUGGAUGUGUGGAUUCAAGAAAAUCCACAUUUGGAUAUGUUUAUCUAUUAGCUGGAGGAGCAAUUUCUUGGAAAAGUGCAAAACAAUCAGUCAUUGCUACUUCCACCAUGGAGGCUGAAUUCGUGGCAUGCUUUGAGGCCACAGUUCAUGCUUUGUGGUUGCGGAACUUUGUAUCGAGGCUUGGCAUUAUUGACAGUAUAGCUAGGCCGAUAAGGAUUUAUUGUGAUAAUUCCGCAGCCAUCUUCUUCUCUAAAAAUGACAAGUACUCAAAGGGUGCUAAACACAUGGAUUUGAAAUACUUGUCGGUCAAAGAAGAAGUGCAGAAACAUAGAGUGUUGAUUGAGCAUAUUGGUACUGAUUUGAUGAUAGCAGAUUCGUUAACUAAAGGACUACCGCCCAAAACUUUUAUUGGCCAUGUUGAAAGUAUGGGCAUUAUGGAUAAGUCAAUAUUAACAUGA